GUUAUUUUAAUUAAAAUCUUGUUAGAGAUAGAUUGAAGUAGCCAUUGAAAUAUCUGAAUUAUCUUGUUAAAUCGUUGAAUGUUCAUACGAUUUAAUUCGUGAUUUGAUGACAGGGGCGGUAACAAAUGUCGCUCGAUCUCACGUAUUCUUGUUGAUCGUUGGUUGUCAAGUUCAGCAAUUGUAGCAUUGAUUAAUAUAUAAAGACAGAUUAAUCAUGAUUCGUUUCAUCCUGAUUCAAAACAGAGCUGGAAAAACGAGAUUAGCAAAGUGGUACAUGAAUUUUGAUGAUGACGAGAAACAAAAGCUAAUAGAGGAGGUACACGCAGUGGUGACUGUACGAGAUGCUAAACAUACUAAUUUUGUCGAGUUUCGUAACUUCAAGAUUGUAUAUAGAAGAUAUGCUGGCUUAUACUUUUGUAUUUGUGUCGAUGUCAACGAUAACAAUCUCUGUUACCUAGAAGCAAUACAUAAUUUUGUUGAAGUACUAAAUGAAUAUUUCCACAAUGUAUGUGAAUUGGAUCUUGUAUUUAAUUUUUAUAAGGUGUAUACAGUUGUAGAUGAAAUGUUUCUAGCAGGUGAAAUAAGGGAAACUAGUCAAACAAAAGUACUGAAACAGCUGCUGAUGUUAAAUUCAUUGGAAUAAAUUUAUUUAAUGUUAUUUAAUUCUAUUGAAGAUAUUGUAAAAGAUGUAAAAAGUGAAAUACAUUGUGUGUAACAAA